AUGACGAAUACAGCACACGAUAAGAAGACUGGCAUCCCGCCCUCCGCUUCCUCUAGAAAAAACCCCAUCAUGUUUUUCGAUAUUGCUAUAGGUGGCCAAGACGUCGGAAGAAUCAAAAUGGAACUCUUCGCCAACCUUGUUCCGAAGACCGCUGAAAACUUCAGACAACUGUGUACAGGCGAAUUCUUAGUCGAUGGAAAGCCCGUUGGAUACAAGGACUGCUACUUUCACCGUGUCGUUAAAGACUUCAUGAUCCAGGGCGGCGAUUUCGUUAACGGAGACGGAACCGGAAACAUGUCAAUUUAUGGCGAAAAGUUCGACGACGAAAACUUUCAACUCAAUCACAACUGCUCCGGCCUACUCUCCAUGGCCAAUUCUGGCGAGAAUACAAACGGGUGUCAAUUUUUUAUCACGUGCGCACAAUGCGAUUGGCUGGAUGGCAAAAACGUCGUGUUCGGCCAUGUCGUUGAAGGAAUGAAAGUCGUUCGUGCUAUAGAAAACAUACCUGUCACCGCCGGCAAUAAGCCCAAGGUGCCUAUACAAAUUACCAUGUGCGGACAAUUUGCCUAA